UUUAUAAUAUUUAUAUUCAUUUUAGAGAGUUUUAAUUUAUUCAGUCUUAUUUAUUUCAAACUAAUUUCGAUACAAAGCUCAUCUAUGAAAGAUUUAGCUAUGGAUAACUUGCUUCUGUUUGUUUGAGACCAUUUUUGACAGUUAAACAGAUUUUUACUUCAUGAUCAGCUAAAAGUUUCAUAAAAAGUAAUAAUGGGUGAUACAAAUGACACUGGCAUUACUGCCACGCUUUCUAACACAGAAUCGAUUAAUAAAUUAAAUGAGCUCACAGAGUUAUUGAAAAUAGUAAAAUUAUACACUGAAGCUUAUAGAAUAAAAUUUAUAGAAUGUGGCAAAUUCAUUGAAGAUAGCAAUUCAAGAAAUGACUUGGCAAAUGAGAUUGCUGAAAAUAUGUAUGUUAACAUCAGCUAUGAUUUGAAAGCAGCUUGGAAGCAAGAUCGUAUUCACAAAAAAAUAGCUAUUUUAGGAAAUAUAAUUCAAAAGACUACAUACACAAAUAGCACUGUUUUAUGGAGGCCUAAGUGUGGAGAUAUUAAACAACAAUUGCUAAAUAAAUCAACUAAUUAUAAACUGUUAUAUAAAUCGUUUUUGGAAAAUGAACUGAUGAAAAAAUUGAAAGAUACUAAAAGUACAGAAAGCAAGGUGACACAACUAUGUCAAAAAUUAGAUGAUGUUCAGAAACGGAUACAAAUUCAGACUUUGAAACUUAAUGCACUAAACGAAACAGUUAAGUGUCAUAUAGAAAAAACACGAAUAUGA